UAUAUAAUAAUAAACUAUACAUCGGACCACAUCAUACAUCAACUACUAAAUCACGAGUGUUAAGCGAAAAGGACAUACAAUCGUCAGGUUAUGAUAAGGAUGUUGAGAUGAAAUCAGUAAAGGAAAAUUUCGAUCGACAAUCAUCAAAACGUUUUGAGAAAUACGAAGAACGUAUGAAAGAAAAACGACAAAAACGUAAAGAAGAACGUGACAAAAAUAUACAAGAAAUUGUUAAAAAAGAUAAAAUGGAGAAACACUUAGCAGAAAAAAUAGAAAAAGGUUGUCUUAAAUGUGGGUGUGCGUUAGGAGGUGGUGUUCUACCUGUUUGGGGUCUGGUCAGCGGUUUAUGGUAUGGGACAUGGUUACAAUAUCUUUCUGAAGAGGCCCUUCCAGCGGGUAUUAAAGCAGGUUUAAAAGAGGGUUUAAAACAAAUUAAGUUAAUUACAAAAAUAUAUCGUGGUACAGAUGAGAUUCCUGUAAUUACUGUGGACCAAAUGCUUUCUUCAGGAAAAUUUACCAAUGGUGUAAAUCUUUAUGAUAUGGUUAAACAUAUAAAUAAUAGUUUGUACAAUGAAUUGGGGGAGGGUAACUUUAGUCAAUUUUGGAUACAAAUAGACGGUAUGGUUAAUUGUGAAACCAUUGAUAUGUUUAAUACAAAUAAUAGCACACACAUAGCAGCAGUUGCAAAAGCUGUUGAGGAAGGUGAAGCACUUAAAGUUGCUGAAUUUGCAGCAAAUACUAGUUUAUUAAGUAAUACUAUUAUUGUUUCCGUUGUUGCAAUAUUGCUAAUAGUUUUAGUUAUGAUAAUUAUUUAUUUAGUUUUACGUUAUCGUAGGAAAAAGAAAAUGAAGAAAAAAGCCGAAUACACAAAAUUAUUAAAUGAAUAA